GUGUUCGUCAGAAAAGAUGGGCCGCUUUUUGUUGCUGCUCGGCCUCGCCGCCGUUCUCCAAGCCACCCGCGGUGAAAACGCAACAACCCAGGCUACACCGGAGAGUUGCAAACGCAGCAGUUCGACACCGCUGGUGGAGCUCAACGGCAAGAAGUACUACUUCCAGUUGCUCGAAACUGAUCCCUUUUUGGAAAAUUGGCAAAUACAAAAGGAGAAGUGCGAGAGGAAGGGUCUGGAGCUGGUGACCAUCAAGGAUGAAGCCGAGUUGAAGGUCAUCACUGAGCACGCCCUCACCCUCGAAGACUACGUGUGGUGGGUGUCGGCGAAAAACUACGGCGAUGAAAACAACUACGACUUCCGCUGGCUCGAUGGAACCAAGCUUGAGAAAAACAGUCCGCUCUGGGCUUCCAAUGCUGAAAAAAAUCACUGCGUCUACUUGUGGAACCAGAAACUGUGGGCCUCGUCUUGCAAUAGCAACCAACGCUACAUUUGUCAACUGCCCAAGCAAUGUUACUGACUAACUUGAUCCAAAAAUCAACUCUUUUGAAAUUAAAUAUGAAUUUUUCUGAUUAUAUUCAAUAAAGCGUAAAUAUGCGAAUAAAAUUGGUACAUUUUUCUGAA